GAUUUCUCAGCCAACCUGGGUUUUAGCUGUCUUUUUCCUCUUCAUAAAAGCACUCAUUAACAUAUCCACGUGUUCAAAACAUAGCCAUUGUGAAAAGUGACGUCCGUACCCACUACUUCAUUUUUAUUCCCACAAACCCCCCACGGCGACAGCUGAUUAUUAUCCUUCCCGUUCUUCCUUUUUUUUUUAACUGACGUGAGUAUCCGUUUCUAUUUCUUUCUCGAAAUCUUGAUUCCCCUGGCCUUGAUGUUAAAUCUCAGCAGUUGGAAUUUCUUGUACAUAGUAACCGUUGUCUUAGUGGCGGCGCAGCCAGAAGCUCCGCCAUGGGGAGAUUCGUAUGGGCUUUACUCUCACUUAGACCCGUCCAUGGCCAUCAUCGUUAUAGUCCUUGUCUGCGCUUUCUUCUUCGUCGGUUUCAUCUCCAUUUACAUCCACCAUUGCAACGAAUACAACGGCAUUGCCACCGCAGCACCCUUGGCUGCAGCUUCCUCAGUCGAAAGCUCCGGGCCAAAAGGUCUUGAUACGGCGGUUAUCGAGAGCUUCCCGGUCUUUAUAUAUUCUUAUGUGAAAGACUUUAAAAUCGGGAAAGGUGCUCUGGAAUGCGCGGUCUGUUUGAGUGAAUUCGAAGAUGAUGAAACGCUGCGUUUAAUGCCGAAAUGCAAUCACGUAUUUCAUCCUGAUUGCAUUGACGCUUGGUUGGCUUACCACGUGACCUGUCCCGUUUGUCGAACUAAACUGACUCCCGAUUCCGAUGCCAAACAAGAAGAUUCAAGCCCAAAUAUCACUGAGUUGAACUCGAACAACAACAACGAGUCUAGUCCUCCAACAGCACAACAAGUUGAAGAACGAAAUGAAUUCGUCAUUCAAGUCAAUGAAGGAACUCGACCGAGAGGGAAAGUAAAGGGAAAGUUUCUGCGUUCUCACUCGACGGGUCACUCACUGAUUCAACCUGGGGAAAACGUGGAAAGGUUCACGUUAAGAUUGCCAGAAGAGAUCAGGAAGCAAAUUGCGAAAAGCGGGAAGUUGAAGCGGACGAGGAGUUACGAUGUCGUUUCGAGGAUGGAAGCUAGUUCAACGAAAGGUGAAGGAAGCAGUAGGGGGAAAAGUUAUACUGACCGGUGGGUGUUUUUAAGGACUCCGCCGUCUGUUACGAAGACGGGUUCGGUCAAGUUUCAGAGAGGUGGCGCUGGAGGCGGAGAUGGGUCGAAUUCGUGGAAGUUAAAUUGUCUUAACUUGAGGGUUGAGCAAGUUGGAAAAGAAGAAUCCUCGGCUCAGCCUCCUCCGGUAUAAUAAUUGUCGUUACCAAUAAUAUGGUAUUAGAAUUAUAAAAUUGGACUAUAAUUAAAGUUUAAUUCUGGUUCUGGAUAAUCUUCCAUCAAAAGCAAAUCAGAAAAUUAAUUUUGGAUUCCUGCGAAAGAAUGCAUUAACAAAAUAUAGGAAUUGAAAGUAAUUAAUCAUGAUUUACUCCUUUUUAAUCUUGUCUAGUGUUUCUGAAAGGGUUCAUCUGAAGUGGUGAAAUGAACAACUUUAAUCUUGGGGAGGAUCUUUCAUAAUACUAUAUUUUCAAGCAAGUUUGGUCCAUAAAUAUCAAGGCUAGGCUUCUUUUGUUGGGAAAAAAAAAAAAAAAAACUAAACGAAUCUAUUU